AUGUGUACGAAAGGGAUGACUACACAGCUCCAAAAUAGAUUCGAUCCAUUGCUAAUCAUACCUAAAACUGGGCAACACUUUUCACUUCACUCUGGUUCUUCCGCGUCUACAAGGUUUAUUCAUCAGGUUUGUUUAACAAAGUAUGAACAAGUUGAUUCUUUGGGCAACGAGGCAAUGCUUUUUGAUCUAGGCAUCACUGUGCUCGCUGAGAGAAAUUCCAUCUACUACAAGACUACUUGUCAUGAAAAGAACACUACUCAAAUUUGUCUCUUCAAUUUCGAGACAAAGGAGAUGGAGCCGCUGCACAAGUUUGAUUGUUCGUCCCAUGAACAACUCGCAAGAUCUCUAUGGUUCCUACCAAGUUUCAAGCAGACAUAA